AGGGGAGCGCCUAUUAGAUCUGUGUGCUUCUCAACACAGUAAAGAGAAAGUGAGAUGAUCCGGACCGCCAUGCUUUCUUUUUCUUUUUCUUUUUCUGCUUUCUUUUUCUGUGUACGGCGAAUCCAACCGUUACGACCGACCACCGUAAUGGAGUUUAAUCAUAUUUACUAGUAACUGUCUGGGAUAAACAACCUCCCGAUGAGCGCCCGAACGCAGUAUUAGUCCCUCAUCUGCACUGAGGACGAGACAGACACACCGAAGACGACGAUGAUCCAUACAGGUUCAGUUUUAGCGCUGCUGGGUUUGAGUUUUCUUCUGUCUGAUGUUGCUGGAGAUGAACACUCUCUGUAUUAUCUCUACACUGUCCAGUCUAAAAGCUCUUCAGACAGAGUCUCUGAGUUCAGUGCAGUGACUCUGCUGGAUGACAGACAGAUUGACUCCUACAGCAGUACAGACGGGGUCAGGACUCCUAAACAGGACUGGAUGAAGGAGAUGAAGGAGAGUGAGUGGAAAGAAGGUGCUGAUAAACUGAAGUACGAUGGACACCAGUUAAACAAGAUCCUCGACAUACAAAUGAAGGACUUCAGACACGAUGAGUCAGAUGGUCACUCUCUGCAGUGGAGAGUCGGCUGUGAGGGUGAAAAACAAUCUGACGGCUCAGUUUCAGGUUUAAACUGCAUUAAUGAAUACGGCUACGAUGGACAGAGUUUAAUCUCCUAUAACUGGACCUUGAAGAAAUGGUCAGCCUUAGUCAGUCAAGAUGGGAUAACAGAGGAGUGGAACGCUGGACGCGGUCCAAACGCUGUUUAUAAUUGUGAAGAGUGUGAGCACUGGCUGAAGAUUUAUUUACAGUACAACACCACUGAAACCAAACAGACUCGAGUGGAUGUUUAUAUGUUUGUGAAGAAAUCUGUAACUGACCUGAAGAAGCUGACCCUGACCUGCCUGGCCACGGGCUUCUACCCCAAAGACGUGGAGAUUACACUGAGGAAGUUCACCACUUCACUGCCUGAACAUCUACUAACAUCUUCAGGAGUCAGACCCAAUGAUGAUGGAACCUACCAGCUGAGGAAGAGUGUGGAGAUCCAGGAGGACGAUACAGCAGAUUAUUAUUGUUAUGUGACUCACAGCUCCCUCGGAGAGCCAGUGAUAAAAAAAUGGGCAUGCAGCGACUGCCAGAAUGGUCCAGGAGGGGGAGUGAUUGUAGGAGUGAUUGUAGGAGUGACAUUUGCUCUGGUGUUGAUCGGAACAGCUGUUCAGAUUUUCUGUUUGUAGACCUGGUGAGUAUAGACUGUAUAAAUACAGGUUCUGUUUACAGUGGAAACAUGAACAGUUUUUAAAAACACUGUCAUGUACUCUGCCUAGAUAUGUUCUCCAGAGUUUUACUAGAUCAGUGCUGUCACUGAUGUUUCCAGCUGUUCUUCAACUCAGUGUGUGACAUUAGUUGCAGCUUUAGAGGUGAAAUUAUCAGAACUGAAUCUGAUCUCUUACAUGUGUGGACAGCAGUGGAAAACUUUAUAAUAACCAGAACCGUAAAGACCCUCCCUUUAGAAUUUCACAUCAGCCGGUCAGUUCUUAGAGACGGUGUUCUAACAGUCUCUAGAACCCACAGAGCGGCCCUGCUGUGCGUGCACACGUCAUUAGUGUAGAAUAGUCACUUAAUAUUUAUAAUGUUUUACUGUGUUUCAGUGUUAAUUCAGCCUUAUU